AUGCCCAAGGCAACAGAAAAAGACCUCGUUCCACCAAAUCCGCCCUUAGACGCACCGGCGUUGAAGGACAAGAAGUUGUGCUUCUCUUAUGAGAUUGGCCGGGGCGAGAUGGGUGUCCUCUCUUUUGAGCCAUACAAAAGUCUCAUCCUGCCAUUCUGGGCAUUUCGGACUGUUCCCAUUGCACACAAAUCUGCCAAAGCAUUGUGGUCAAUAUUCGAGUCCUACGUCGAACGAGGUGACUUCGUUGGUGCGGACAUGACGCGGAAAUAUAUACAAAUGGGCAUGACUCGCGCCCGCCGGUACGCGAACCAUAAAGGAGGUCGGAAGUAUGGCAACGAUGGCCAGCAGCUGGAGAAGUGGACCGAGGAUGACGUCGAUGGAAAGAGGAAGGAGAAGGAGGAAGCUAGCGAGCUCUUCAAACGGUAUUGGCGAAGAUGUACCAGCUCGGAAAAGUAUCUUCAGAUCAAGCAGGAAUGGACCAAGUCGAAGAAAGACUUCAUCAAGGCUCAAGAUGCAGGCGCCUCCAAAGCAUCGUAA